AUGAGCGGCCAUUUUGAAAAUCGGCUUUCGAGCAGAACUUUUAAAACCAUAGGGUAUAUGUGUACAAAAUAUGAACAAAAUCGGGUCAACUGUAUUUGAGUUAUUGCCUGGACGGAUAUAUGUACGUACGUACGGACGGAUGGACGGACGGACGGACAGGCAGACGGACGGAGGUGCUCCCUAUAUCCCUCCGAACUUUCUUCUUUUGACAGUAUACAUUAUACAUUUUCACCAUGUUUGGUCAGUCAUCGGUGAGGGUAUAACAAAUACAUGUAUACCUGAUCUGUUGGUGGCAUCAAAAUAUGCUUUCAUACAGUGGUUGUACGGAAGCACAGAUGUUGCAGCACCUAUUUCAGCACCCAUGUUCCAUAUUGUAUCCAUACCUAAACA